GGCGCAGGCGCAGACACAGCUGCCGACCCCGACGCAGCCUCGCUGGACCGAGGCCGGGCCGGGCCCGGGGGGAGCGUCUGACCCGUAGCAGGACGGAAGGAGGAAAGGCCCGGGGGCUGGAGGAGCAGAGGCCGAGCCGGGCCCGGGCCCGGAGCUGAGGGAGGGAGCCGGGGGAGCGGCGGCUCUGAGGCGCCUCCCUCUUCGGGACCGGGCGGGGCCGAUGUGAGGCCGAAUGGAGCAGCCCUGGGGGAGGCUGAUCCGCCUGGGCGCCGCCGAGGGCGAGCCCCCGGUGCUGCUGCGGAAGAAGGAGUGCACCAUCGGGCGCAGGAAAGGUUGUGACCUUUCAUUCCCUGGCAACAAAUUGGUGUCUGGAGAUCACUGUAAAAUAGUGGUGGAUGAAGAAUCUGGUCAGGUUUCCCUAGAGGAUACCAGCACUAAUGGAACAGUAAUUAAUAAAGUGAGGAUUGUGAGGAAGCAGUCGUAUACUUUACAGACUGGGGACGUCAUCUACGUGGUUUACAGGAAGAGCGAGCCAGAGCACAAUGUUGCGUAUCUCUAUGAAUCUUUGAAAUCAAAGCCAGGCAUAUCCCCAGAACUCAUUGAGGCUACUGGAGAAAAUGUGUGCGACGUGACCAAAGAUACCUCAGGUUCAGAAGGAAGCGAUGAUAGCCAGGUCAUGCCAUCCUUGCCCAAUGAUCAGUCUUGCUUUGAGGAACCACAGCCAUCUACAUCUACAUCAGACCUCUUUAAUACGUCCUCUACCUCUCUCCUGGAGUCUGCUGCUGCUGAGCGGGAGCGUCCUUCUAGACCUGGCGAAGCCAGGCGUGUAAGCGCGCCGCUUGAAGAUCAGUGUCGCUCUGUCACACGUGACGGCGCCCCUGCCUUCUUAUCAGCUUCUCCGGACAAACCUCACGCCUGGGAAGACACGGGACCCGCUAAGAAGAAAAUGAAAGGAGAUGGGGACACUAAUCUGAGUCUUCAGUUGUUUGUCACAGACCAGUGUAAAAACAGCAGGGCCAUUCCUGAGGAAGUGAAAGCAGCAAACAUGAAACCAGACAAAAUGGAAGAAACUCUCACUUGCAUCAUUUGUCAGGAGUUACUGCACGACUGUGUGAGUCUGCAGCCCUGCAUGCACACCUUCUGUGCUGCUUGCUAUUCAGGUUGGAUGGAACGGUCCUCUCUGUGCCCCACGUGCCGUUGUCCAGUUGAACGUAUAUGCAAAAACCACAUCCUGAACAACCUUGUUGAGGCCUACCUUAUCCAGCACCCAGAUAAGUGCCGUAAUGAAGAGGAUAUGCGUAGCAUGGACGCCAGGAAUAAAAUCACACAGGACAUGCUGCAGCCAAAAGUGAGAAGGUCCUUUUCGGAUGAAGAGGGAAGUUCUGAGGACCUGUUGGAACUGUCUGAUGUGGACAGUGAAUCUUCAGAUAUCAGCCAGCCAUAUGUUGUAUGUCGACAGUGCCCUGGUUACAGGAGACAGACCAUGCAGCCUGUCCCCUGCCUGCUGCCCGAGAGUGAAGGAGGUGCUUUCGAGGCCCCUGGAGAUGCCCCCUCCACGUCUGCCAGCUUUCCUGCAGCCGCCCAGGACUAUGUGUGUCCCUCACAAGGAAGUCACGCCAUUUGCACUUGCUGUUUCCAGCCCAUGCCAGACCGACGAGCCGAGCGGGAGCAAAACCCGCACGUCGUUGCCCCCCAGCAGUGCGCCGUGUGCUCACAGCCCUUCUGCCACCUGUACUGGGGCUGUACUCGGACAGGCUGCUCGGGCUGCCUGGCACCAUUCUGCGAGAUAAAUCUUGGUGAAAAAUGUUUAGACGGCGUACUAAACAACAACAACUAUGAAUCAGAUAUCCUAAAGAAUUACCUAGCAUCCCGGAACUUGACGUGGAAGAAUGUGUUAAAUGAAAGUCUUUUGGCUCUUCAGAGGGGACUGUUUCUCUUGUCAGAUUAUAGAAUUACUGGAAACACCGUGCUGUGUUAUUGCUGUGGCCUACGCAACUUUCGAGAGCUGACAUACCAGUACAGACAAAAUAUCCCUGCUUCAGAAUUACCAGGGACUGUAACUUCUCGUCCUGAUUGCUACUGGGGGCGCAACUGCCGGACUCAAGUUAAAGCACACCAUGCCAUGAAAUUCAAUCAUAUUUGUGAACAAACACGCUUCAAGAACUAAGCCUUGCAGUACUGAAAGUCUUGGAUAUUUGUGUAAAAACAACAACAAAAAAAGUUUAAACACCUCAAAAGCGGAACAUAAAUGUUUUCAGGGCAUCUUUUAAGUUCCCUCCUGGAGGGGAGUUGGAUAUCUCUGCAUCAGAUACUGGUGUGAUUUUGUUUUUUAAUUUUGUAGAACUUUACACUUGAGUAAGACCUUUUUAAAGUAACCUGAGGAGCACGUCGUGGUGCCCAUCAGGCAUGCCGUUCCCACAGCAGCAGCGGCAGCAGCAGACCGGAAGAUACACUCAAGAUGGGCAGGAAUGGCACCGAUGGUCAUGAGAUGUCUUGAGGCCGAGUGUUUAUUGUGCAUCAGGUUGGGUGAAAGCCAUUAUUGUCAGAGGAAAAAAUUCACCACCAACCUUCCCGUCUGUCGAGAUGACAGCCUCGUUUUGUUUUUUCUACCUUCACCAAAAUGGUUGUUAGAUCAGGAAUCCCUUUUUACCAAGAAUUUCAUAUGGCAAAAAAGACAAAAAAGUAUCGAAUACACUGUUUUCUUGUUGCUUAAGAAAAAGAAGCAAAUGUUUACAGCCCGUAGGGCAUGCCUAGUGCUUCGCUGUAGGAAAAAGUUUGACUCAUAUACAUGUGUGCACGUGAGUGCGUGUGUUUUAGGUUAGUCAGUCUGGUGCUUUUCAUUCCUUAUUAGAAUUAAAUCUCACAAGCAGCACAAAUAAUAUAAUGUAUCAUUUAUAAGCCAGUUAGGGGUUGGAAGGCUGUCCUGCGUAUAGGAAAUGCUCUGUGUGUGUCUAUAGACCUUCGCAGUCACAUGGAAGACCAAACAGUGUCCCUGGCACAGAUUCCCUUGUUGUCGUGCUGUGAUUCUGGUACUGUCCCUUUGGGUUGCCACCUGGGGGAGGGACCACUUGGCAGAACAUAGCUGCUUUAUUAGGAGGACUCACUAGGAAGUCAGCCAAACCAAGUUGCGUCUGUAGCUCCCACAUUUUAAUUAUGUUUCAUGGUUUUAGCCAAAUUGGUGCAAUAGUGAAAAGGGACACAGGAUACACUACCUAUCUAAAUCAGAGCUUAGAGAAUGAAGGAGAGAGACAAAGAGGGUUCAUGUGCUAUCCUGCUGCUUUUUAGCAUCCUGAAUGGGGUACUUCCUUAUUCCACUUUAAGCACUGACUACAGAGGGCAAUCCCAGCUACGGAGGUCUGGGUCUUCAUACCAGACUGUGUCCAAGUCAUUGUCUCCCUAAUCAGAAAUCCCAGACAGUGUCUUAUGUGUAAGUGCAUCGAUUGACAGCUUCCUCCAUACUGGUAGACAGUAAUCUUAUAGCAGCCUUCAUCUCCUACUUGCCCUGGUUAUCUUCUCCUACAUUAAAAUUAAAAUUUUAUCUGGAAUAAUACUUGAAUUAUUGUUUUAUGUAAAGCAUAUUUGCUUUCAUUCCUUUGUUUUAUGUAACCAACUCCUGUUUUAUCAGUAAUCAUUUGCCUGAAAACCUGCAAGUUACUGUCUCUUCUCAGGAAUAUCAUUUCCAGUUGUCUUUUUGGUGUAAAUCCUUUGUUACAGUGCAGAAAUGUACUUGUUGCCUUCUGUCUGCCUUUUAUACCGAUGUUUUUUCAAAGAAAUUUGUUGCUGUGCUGGGAAUGUGGGUGACCAGUUUGCUGAUGCUUCUACCACUGAUGAAGAAUGAACAUUGGCAUCCUGCCUGAAGCCACUUUUGUUUGUGCUCCAUUUUGUGUGGGGCUUUCCUAGAAGUGGAUCUUGGGUGCUGGGUCACCAUCAACACACCACCUGGUUCUCAGAGCUUCCUUAGGCCACACUCUCCCCACUUCCUCUUUCUUAGAAAAUUAAAUUUGCUUUUCUGUGCAUAAUGUUGAAGUGAGUACGAUGGGACAAAAGCUUUCCCAGUUGUGUUGGAUCUGGAAAUGGCGAGACAAAGGAGAACGUGGAACCUGAGUUGUGAUGAUUUUUCUCUUAAGUGACUAAGAAUCCAGGGUGGAUAGUACAUAAAUUCUACAAGACUGUCCAACAGUUGUCACUGAAUGUGAUCGUUUAGUAUAGCAGAAAUACAACCUGUUCUCGUCUGUCAAGGACAGUCAACCUAGAACAGGACUGGGAGCCUGGGACCCUGGCUAAGGCAAGCAUGCCCCACAACAAUCCAGGUCACAGCUAUGGAUUUGAGAUGUGAGGGCUUUGCUCUGUGAAGAGGAUGGUCUAGUUUUUCCAACGCAUUUGUGAUUUCCUUCAAGCUGCCACCCCUCCUUCCGCAGAGGGGAAGAAAACUAACCUACCUUAA